AUGGCUGUCUCAAAUUGUAGUCAAUGGGACAGGUCUAGCUGCCUAACUCACAUGGCAUCGCUUCAAGAUUCAAUCAACUCGCCCAGGUGA